AUGACAAAGCACAGGUGUAGAUGUGGUAGUGAUGGUGGUCUUGACAAUGGUGUUGAUGAUGGUCUUGAUGGUGGUGUUGAUAGUGAUCCUGACAAUGGUGUUGAUGGUAGUCUUGACAAUGGUGUUGAUGGUGGUCUUGACAAUGGUGUUGAUCUUGACAAUGGUGUUGAUGGUGGUCUUGACAAUGGUGUUGAUGGUGGUCUUGACAAUGGUGUUGAUGGUAGUCUUGACAAUGGUGUUGAUGGUGGUCUUGACAAUAGUGUUGAUGGUGGUGUUGAUGGUGGUCUUGACAAUGGUGUUGAUGGUGGUCUUGACAAUGGUGUUGAUGGUGGUCUUAAUGGUGUUGAUGGUAGUCUUGACAAUGGUGUUGAUGGUGGUCUUGACAAUGGUGCUGAUGGUGGUCUCGACAAUGGUGUUGAUGGUAGUCUUGACAAUGGUGUUGAUGGUGGUCUUGAUGGUGGUCUUGACAAUGGUGUUGAUGGUGGUCUUGACAAUGGUGUUGAUGGUGGUCUUGACAAUAGUGUUGAUGGUGGUGUUGAUGGUGGUCUUGACAAUGGUGUUGAUGGUGGUCUUGACAAUGGUGUUGAUGGUGGUCUUGGCAAUAGUGUUGAUGGUGGUCUUGACAAUGGUGUUGAUGGUGGUCUUGACAAUGGUGUUGAUGGUGGUCUUGACAAUAGUGUUGAUGGUGGUCUUGACAAUGGUGUUGAUGGUGGUCUUGACAAUGGUGUUGAUUAA